CCCAAGCGUCUGCCAGCCUCGGCCGUCCCGCAGUCGGCCGAGGCAAAUUUGCGCUCGGCGCCUGGGCCUGUCAUGCCGGGGCCGCAGGUGGUAUUCAUGGAAAACGUUAGCUUUACGGCGUUGUUGAGCCUGUCCCGCCGUGACCUUCAGGCGCUCUGCGAGGAGCGGGGGCUCCCGAGCAAGGGCCAGAAGCCGGACCUCCUGGAGAGGCUCCUGGCCCACGAGGAGGGCUCCGAGGCGCCCGUGCGGCCGCAGCAGUGCCAGCAGCCGCAGCCGCAGCCGCAGCAGCGGCCGCGGCCAGAGCCGCAGCAGCCACAGCCGCCGCAGCGGGGAAAGCACAAGCCGCAACAGCGGCAGGCGCCGCAGCAGCCGCAAUUGCCGCCGCGGGCGCAGUCGCCUCAGCAGGAGCGGCGGCGACGGCCUCGGGCGGAUCCUCGGCAGCAGCAGAAUCAGCAGACGCCGCAGCACCGGCCUGGGGCGCGCGCACGGGGCGGCGGCGGCCCGCCUGCGGAUGAGGCGGACACGGCGCUGUCCCCACGCGCGCGCAGCCGCAGCAGAGGCC